AUGCACACAACUUCUGAGCUACUCAAGCAGGCAUUACUAGAUAUUUGUAUGCAUCCAGAUCUGAUUCCCGCUCUGCGAGAUGAAGCACAGAAGGCUGUCGAGGAGAGUGGAUGGACAACUGCAGGCGUCUUCAAAAUGCAGCUGUUGGACAGCGCAGUAAAGGAGACACAGCAGCUCAAACCGGGAUCAUUAGUAAAUCUUGAGCGGAAAGCGCUGCAAGAUGUCAUCCUUCCCAAUGGCUUGACUAUCCCUCGCGGGACCAAUGUUGCAGUUGAUUCAUCCAUGAUGUGGGACCCAGCGAUUUACCCCGAUCCAUUCUUUUAUGAUGCGUACCGUUUUCUUCGUCUUCGCAACUCCGGUAAUACUGCAGCAGCACUCGCGUCCACCAGCCCGGAGCAUAUUGCCUUUGGAAUUGGCAAGGCAAUUUGUCCUGGGAGAUUCUUUGCUAGCAACGAAGUCAAGAUUGCUCUGGCUAAGAUUCUUUUGACUUAUGAUGUUAGGAUUGCUGAGGGGAUGAUACCCAAGAUUGUGGAGAUGGGAUUUGAAAUGCUAAGUGAUCCAGAAGCAAAGCUGGAGUCUCCCUCCACUCACUCAUAUAUCUUCUUCGGAACUACCAUGGAUCUCAUCGAAUAUGCCACCGAGGCCGAUGGGUCAGGACUUGCCAAAGUCAACGUCCAAAGCUUUCAAGGCCGCCGUCUCCUCGAAGAAAUUUUCCCAGAGGCCAGCUUGACCAGGUUGCAGGAAUUCAAAAUAAUUAUGGGAAUGAAACAUCUUACCAACCCCAAUAUGCACGUCCUCAAGAUCCAUGAUCCAGACAGUGGGGAGCUGGCGACCUACAGCCGUUGGCAGUUUCCAGCAUCAUUUGGUCCGAGCCUGGUUACAUUAAGUGAAAAGGCAGCCUUGUUGGCCAAGGACCCCGUUCCACAUGCACCAAGACCAAUGAAUGAGGGGGUUUUCAAUGCCUUCAAAAGGCUCCUAGAGGAUGGUCGCAAGCGAUACACCACAGAUAACGAUAUCAUCCUCGAUCUGCUAGCAACCCUACCGGAAUACCAACGACGAGGGUUUGGUUCUGCUAUCUUGAAAUGGGGCAUAGAAAAGGCAGAUGCAUCCCAGUCGCGUAUCUUCCUCGAGGGUACGCCUGAAGGUGUUCCUAUCUACCUCAAGCAUGGGUGGAAGAUAUUAGAGGAGGUGGUUAUGGAUUAUACACCAUUUGGAAGUGUUGGGCAAGAGACUUUUUUCCUAAUGAUGAGGGAUCCAAUUUUACAAUAA